GGGCCGAGCAGACAAAAUAAGCCCACAGGGUAUACUCACAUCACAACUAGGGUGAGAUAAAAUAUGUCGUCUUUAAAUGGAGGCUUUGCACCGCCUCUUCACACAUUGCCUCCUUCAACAACUCUCCCUUAACCUCACCUCAGUUAAAGCUUGAUUUCAGUAGUCAAGAAAACCAGGCAAGAUGCAGAACGAUGAAGGACAAAACAUGGAUCUUUACAUCCCAAGGAAAUGUUCUGCUACUAAUAGGCUGAUCACUUCAAAGGAUCAUGCUUCAGUUCAACUUAAUGUUGGACAUUUGGAUGAUAGGGGCGUCUACACGGGCAGUUUCACAACUUUUGCUCUCUGUGGUUUCAUCCGUGCUCAGGGUGAUGCUGACAGCGCAAUGGAUCGCCUCUGGCAGAAGAAGAAAGUUGAAGCUAGACAAGAGUAGAAAAAUAGAUUUGCAUUUUAAUAUUACAUUACUUUAUGGUGGAGGAUUUUGGAUGACAUUUAAAUUCAGUUGAGUUAGACAAUGUUCUCCCAGCUGUAUUUUGGAUAGUUUUCUUGAUCUAUGGAUAUUUGACUUGCCAUU